GUUAUUGGAGCACUUAUGGAUAUGGAAGCUAAUGAGAAGAAUGAAGAAGAUUUCACUAAUUCUAAUGCUUGUGACGAUGUUGAUGAUGUGGAUGAUGAUGACCUCUUGGAAGAGGAGUUAAGGGAUUUGCAAAAUGCUCCACUUGCCGGCUCGGAGGCUGGGAUAUCGAAGAGUAAGCCGAUUACCAAGAGGCACAUAAGCUCAAGGAAUGGACACCGUAGGACUGCCCACUUGGGUAGUGAAGUUACAAAGUCAAAAUUCCUCCGUUGA